AUGUCAUCCUUCACAUUCGAGUCCGAACACGGCCUCACAAGCGUAAUCGACACUGCCCUACACAACGACAAACCUGCCCUCCUACUCCUCCACGGCAACUCCUCCUCGUCCAAGAUCUUCCGCCACAUCACCGAAUCCCAAGAGAUCACAUCGCGCUGGCGCGUCGUCACGUUCUGUCUCCCCGGCCACGGCAGCAGUUCCAAGGCCCCCAACCCGUCGCAAACAUACCACAUGCGCGGCUACGCCGAGGUCGCAGUGCGCAUCCUGCAACACCUGAAUAUCGAGGAAGUCGUCGUGGUUGGAUGGAGUUUGGGCGGGCACAUCGGCAUCGAAAUGAUCGAGUUGCUCCAAGACCCCAAGACGCGAGAGAAUAACAAGAGGAUUGUAAUGAAGGGCUUGAUGCUGAUUGGUACACCACCGGCACUUGGUGUCGAGCAGGUUCGCCAGGGAUUCACGAUGGCGACGGAGGAGAGCGAGUUGGGCCUUGCGGGGCAGCGGGAUUGGACGGAUGAGCAAGCGGUGCAGUUUUCGAAGAAUAGUGCGGCGGCAGGGAAGGAGGAGUUUUGGGCGAGGUGGAUGGAGCAGGAUGCGAAGGAUACGGAUCCGAGAGUGCGCAUGAUCAUGGCGGACAGGUUUUUGGGCAAAGAGCCCGGUGGGGUUGAUCAGAGGAAGGUUGUGGAGAGUACCGAUGUGUUGAUUGCGGUUGUGAACGGUGCGGAAGAACAGUUUGUGAAUUUGGAUUACUUGGAUAAGAUCAAGUGGAAGAAUCUGUGGAAGAAUGAGUGUCUGAGAUUGGAUGGAUUGCACCACGCGCCUUUCUGGGAAGACCCAGCACGCUUCGAAAAGAUCCUUGUGGAAUUCGUCGCAGACGUUGAAAAGAUACAGUAA